GCCACCCUUCUCCAGAAUGAGGAAGGAGGCGCGGUGGCCACCGCGGUCCCCGCUGCCGCCUGGGUUUCUCGGGUGCCUUCCCGCGCUCGGCGGCCCCUCGGAACCCGGUACCUGGCGGCGCCCGUCGGGCCGGGCGGGCAGCUCGGGCUGGGCGGGCACCUCCGCCUCCGCCCUCCGCGUCCCCGCCCUGCUCCCAGCACCGAGGCCGCGCCGAGCCCAGCCGCUCCCGGUGCCCUGGGCGGGCGGCACCGUCUUUGGGGGCCCCUGGCCGGGCUGGGGGUGCCGUGCGCAGCGGGGGGCCGGGGCCAUGCCCCCCGGAGCCUUGUGAGGCGCCCCCACCAUGUCGCGCUCGCUGGCCUGGUCCUGCUGCCCCUGGUGCCUGACGGAGGAGGAGAAGACGGCGGCCAGGAUCGACCAGGAGAUCAACCGGAUCCUGCUGGAGCAGAAGAGGCAGGACCGCGGGGAGCUCAAGCUGCUGCUGCUGGAAUCUUGCUUUGAAGUUCAAACUGGCCUUGACCUGGGAAGGAUCCUCCUGCCUCAGCCUCCCGCGUGCUGGGGUUACAGGCCUCUGACCAAGCCAUACCCAGGGCCCGGCGAGAGCGGCAAGAGCACCUUCAUCAAGCAGAUGCGGAUCAUCCACGGCGCCGGCUACUCGGAGGAGGACCGCAAGGGCUUCCGGCCGCUCGUCUACCAGAACAUCUUCGUGUGCAUGCAGGCCAUGAUCGAGGCCAUGGAGCGGCUGCAGAUCCCCUUCGGCAGGCCGGAGAGCAGGCACCACGCCAGCCUGGUCAUGAGCCAGGACCCUUACAAGGUAACCACGUUUGAGAAGCGCUACGCAGUAGCCAUGCAGAGUCUGUGGCAGGACGAGGGCAUCCGGGCCUGCUAUGAGCGCAGGCGCGAGUUUCACCUGCUGGACUCCGCCAUUUACUACCUGUCCCAGCUGGAGCGCAUCACUGAAGAAUGCUACAUCCCCACAGCCCAGGAUGUGCUGCGGAGCCGCAUGCCCACCACCGGCAUCAAUGAAUACUGCUUCUCCGUGCAGAAAACCAACCUGCGGAUCGUGGAUGUCGGUGGGCAGAAGUCGGAGCGCAAGAAGUGGAUCCACUGCUUCGAGAACGUCAUUGCCCUCAUCUACCUGGCGUCCCUUAGCGAGUACGACCAGCGCCUGGAAGAGAACAACCAGGAGAACCGCAUGAAGGAGAGCCUGGCCCUGUUCGGCACCAUCCUGGAGCUGCCCUGGUUCAAAAGCACCUCGGUCAUCCUGUUCCUCAACAAGACCGACAUCCUGGAAGAGAAGAUCCCCACCUCCCACCUGGCCACCUACUUCCCCAGCUUCCAGGGCCCCAAGCGGGAUGCGGAAGCCGCCAAGAAAUUCAUCCUGGAGAUGUACACGGGGAUGUACACGGGCUGCGUGGAGGGCCCUGAGGGCAGCAAGCGGGGCCCGCGCUCCCGCCGCCUCUUCAGCCACUACACGUGCGCCACAGACACGCAGAACAUCCGCAAGGUCUUCAAGGACGUGCGGGACUCGGUGCUGGCCCGCUACCUGGACGAGAUCAACCUGCUGUGACCCGCAGGCUCAGGGCGGUGACACCUGCUGGGCAGGUGGAUCCCUGAAUGGCUCUUACGGGACACUGCCUCAGUUUACCCCCUUGGAAAGUGGAAAUGGAGUCGAAUGGCCAUUGGGGAUGCUGGGGGUGGGGAGGAAAAGGCAACGACAUCCAGGCGACCUGCGACGUGAACAUGCGUGGCUGGGUCUCCUAGGGACCCCCACCUGCGAGUGUGUCCCCGGGCAGGGGUGUGGCGCCCCCUCCAGGGUCACCCUCCUUGGGAUCAGGAACCCACCCUCAGGAGCGGACUCGGGCGCCCCCUGGUGGGCAAUGGCAGCAGCUCCUUGCUGAGCUCUUCCGGGCCGAGAAUCCUGGCUCUUCUGGAGCCUUAAGCCUCAGUGUUCUUCCCCGGCUUGCAGGGGAAGGAAACUGAGGCACGGAUCAGGGGUUUCCCUCCCUCCCAGGCUGGAAGCCGGGCAUACACCGUGCCAAUAGCUUUCUGUAUUUAUUCCCUCGCCCUCAAGAUGGACAUUAAAGAAACGACACUCCGGAGACCUGUGGUUUCUUAGGACCCGUGUCACCAGCCGUCUGGUUUCUCCACCCGCACCCCCUUCGCUCGUCCAGUGACCUGGGCAGGUGCGGAGCUGUGGGGCAGGGGAACAACCUGGGGAAGGAGAAAGUUCUGUCCCUGUCUCAGCAGCCUGAGGAAAAAAACAAAACCUGAGCGGGGUGUGGUGGCGCCCGCCUGUGAUCCCAGCACUAGGGAGGCCGAGGCAGGAGGAUCAACACAAGUUGGAGGCCAGCCUGGCCACAUAGAGAGUUCAAGGCCAGGUUGACUCACACAGUGAGACUCUGCCUCAAAAAAUAGAAGAUACCGUUCAGCGUGGGAGAUACAGCUCAGGAGGAAGACGCUGGCUUCAAUCUUCAGUGUCUCCCCUCAAAAAACCUCUCCCUUGGGGCUUAUUUUUUUUUGUCAUGGCCAACUGGGAUUAUGGGUUUCAAUGGUGACACAGAGGUCCUAUCAGGAUCCUAUUACAUCCCGUCGAGGUAGCUUGAGUAUAUUUUCCUCUAUUUAUUUAUUAGUUUUGAUUUUGUUUUUUCGGUCUAUCUAGUUCAGGCUGGCCUAGAACUCACUAUGUGCCCCAGGCUGGCCUCAAAGUCCAGGGGACUCUCCUGCCUCAGCCUCCCAAGGGCCGGGAUUACAGCUUCCUCGUGUUUUUAUUUUGAAAAGACCUCAGACUACAGGAGUUGUGAAGUGAUUACAACUGCUUCCAUGCAGCCCCUGGUGGGAUGGAGAGCGGGGAGGCGGCCAGGGGCCCCGCGGGCCCAAGCCCACGCUGAGGCUCCUUCUGUGGACAGUUUUAUCAGCACCUGGCCGCACCUGUGGUUCUCACAGCCGCUCCUCGGCCCGCUCGGCCCCUCCAGCGGCAGAGAAUCGAAUGCACCCAACGUUGGAUCGAAAACGUCUUGCAGAGAGAGAUAUCCAGUGCUCCGAAGCUCUGAAAGGCGCGCUGGCUGAGAACCGAGCGUGUAACUUACACUAAUGAGGCGCAGCGAGGGGGACACUGGCGGGGGACCCCGGCCCUGCGGCAGACCGAGCACGCUCUCCCAAGCUCCGAGUGCGCAUCUGUCAGGAGCAUGCGCAGAGGGCCUAAGCCGGGGCUACCGAAGCGAGUUGAAGACCAGGCUGCCCUGCGCCGUGAGACCCUGUCUCAAAAAUAAGUCGCAGUGAUCGCCUUCAUCGUGGCGAGCGGCCAGGACAGGCAUCUUAACCCUUCCACUCCCCCUCCCCCUCCCCCUCCUUUGGUCUCUGGGUGCCUUUCUUAUUUGCACAAGGCCUUUCUCCCUAAUUUGCACCAUGCAUCUUUAUACUGUGGGAUUCUCAUGUGAGAGAAAACACGAGCAUCUAAGCUCGUGUGUCUGGUUUCUUCCAUCUAACAUUAUGGCCCAAGGUGCAUUCUUUUCCCUACAAAUCACUCCGGCUCAUCCUUGUUCGCGGCAGAGUAGUUCUCCACGGAAGUAAUCACCAUAUUUUCCUUGCCCAUUCACCCAUGGGUGGGCGCACAGACCAUUUGCAGUGUGUAGCUAUUACGACGUGCGCUCCUGUAAACGUGGGCAUCCGCGCGUCACCGUAAUGUGACGUCUUUAGCUUUUUCAGGAAGAAAGAUCAACGGCUGGGUCAAAUGGGAUUUCUGCUUUCAGGCUUUUGAGGAUUCUUCGACCUCCACACCAGCUUCCACGGGCCUGUGAAAGUCUGCACCCCCAAACCAUGUGGAAGGGCUCCGUUUUCCCCACGCCCCGCUAGCAAUUGGUGUUAUUUGAUCUCUGGAUGGCAGCCACUCUCUCUGGGGCCAGAUGGAAUCCAGUGUUGUUUUAAUUGGCCUUUGUCUGACGGGCAGCGAUGCCGAACACUUUGGACGUGUAUUUAUUUGUUCUUUUUAUUACUUCUUUUAGAAGUAUCUGUUCCUUUCAGUUGCCUAUUUUUGAUAAGGGCUUUUCUUCUGGAGGGGGCUUAAUGUUUGAGUUCUUUAUAUAUAUACUAGUCCUGUGUCAGAGGAAUGCAGGCAGUUUUUCCCUUUCUGUACAUCAUCUCUUCGUUUUGAUGGUUGUUUCCUGGCUGUGCAGAAACUUUAAUUUGCUAUCAUCUGUCAGGUGUGACAACACUUGCCUGUAAUCCCUGCUCUCGGGAGGCUGAGGCGGGAGGAUCACUGUGAGUUCCAGGCCAGCCUGGGCCAUAGAGCAAGUCAAGUUCAGCCUGAACUGCCUAGCGAAACCCUGGCUCAAAGAAAUUCAAAAUAAAAAUAUUAAUUCAGUAUGA